AGCUAUAAAUGUUGUGAUGGUUUGAUGUUGCUUCCUUUCACCUUCUUCUUCCAACGACCAAGUAGUUUUAUACAACACACCCAACGUGACCCUCUAAACCCGUGACCCAUCAAAACCCUCCCUGCAUCCUUUGAAUCAUACAUCAAUCCAGUUAUUUCUUUUGAAGAAACCCUCCUACAAACUGAUCCUAAAAUGGAGUUUUAUCCAUACCCAUCUCGUUCUUCCCCUUCGUCUUCACAAAUUUCUUCUUUUACAUUUGGAAAUUUGGUUUUGAAAGUCAAAGAAUCCUUCAGUUCUUCAGUUUGUGCGAUUGUUGGGAACGUCUUCUCUGCAAUUUUCACCUUCUUCUUCGCAUUAGUGGGAACUUUAUUAGGAGCAUUAACAGGGGCUCUGAUCGGCCAAGAAACUGAAAGUGGAUUCGUUAGAGGUGCUGCAAUUGGAGCCAUUUCUGGUGCUGUUUUUUCGAUUGAGGUUUUCGAAUCUUCACUUCUUUUGUGGCAAUCUGAUGAAUCUGGAUUUGAAUGUCUUCUGUACUUGGUUGAUGUCAUUGUAAGCUUGUUAAGCGGAAGACUAGUUCGUGAGCGUAUUGGUCCAGCUAUGUUGAGUGCCGUACAGAGCCAGAUGAUAGCGGUUGAAACGAGCUUUGAUGUGGUUAGCAACAUAUUUGACAUUGGUGGUUCUAAAGGCUUGCCUGAAUAUUCGGUUGAAAAGAUACCCAAAAUCACCGUUACGAGUGACAACAAUGUGGACGAUUCGGGGGAGAGAGUCUCAUGCUCUGUAUGCCUUCAGGAUUUUCAACUCGGAGAAACCGUGAGAAGUUUGCCACAGUGUCAUCAUAUGUUUCAUCUACCGUGUAUCGAUAAAUGGCUGGUAAGACACGGAUCUUGUCCCUUGUGCAGGCGCGAUCUCUGAAAAUAUUCUUCGAUUCUCUGUAAAUUCUGAAACGCGACAUUUACCGUAUUCUGACACAUAGAAGAUGUUUCGGUUUUCAUCUGUAUAAACCGUAAGAUAUAUAAUGAUGUUUUGUACACGAUUAUGAUUAAUAUAUGUAGUUAGGUUAUACAUGUGUAUCAUGAUACAGUUGAGAAUCGAUGGUUAGUUAUAAAAAGUUGACAUAUUCUA